AGGCUAAGCUCUAAUGAAGAAACGUCAGCGUUGCUAACAAUUGCACAAAGAAGGACAGAAGACCUUUGCGACCAAGGAUGUGGUUGUCAUGGAAACUGUUUCUGUUUCUGUCACUCACUGGCUGUCUUUCAGAAAGUGUUGAUUAUGGGCCGGUGUUUGUUCAAGAGCCAGAUGAUGUGAUCUUUCCAACUGAUUCUGAGGAAAAGAAAGUAUCUCUGAAUUGUCAAGCUCGUGGAAAUCCUUCUCCCACAUACAGAUGGCUUCGAAAUGGAACUGAAAUCGACAUUGAAAGUGAUUAUCGCUUCAGUUUAAUAGAAGGAAGUUUAAUCAUCAACAACCCCAGUGAAAUGAAGGAUUCUGGACAGUAUCAGUGCUUAACCACCAACACAUUUGGCAGUAUUUUAAGCAGAGAGGCUCUUCUUCAGUUUGCAUACCUGGGUAAUUUUAGUGGUCGGACUAGAACUGCUGUCUCUGUACGUGAAGGUCAAGGAGUGGUUCUGAUGUGCUCCCCUCCUCUUCAUUCACCAGAGAUCAUCUAUAGCUGGGUUUUUAAUGAAUUCCCAUCUUUUGUGGCAGAAGACAGCAGACGUUUCAUCUCUCAGGAGACAGGCAAUCUCUACAUCUCCAAGGUGCAAACAUCUGAUGUUGGCAGCUAUAUAUGCCUGGUAAAAAACACAGUGACAAAUGCCAGAGUUUUGAGUCCUCCUACACCCUUGACACUGAGAAAUGAUGGUGUGAUGGGGGAAUAUGAACCAAAAAUUGAAGUCCAUUUUCCAUACACAGUUACAGCUGCAAGGGGAACUACUGUUAAGAUGGAGUGUUUUGCACUUGGCAACCCUGUUCCAACAAUCUCUUGGAGGAAAGUUAAUGGUCAUAAUCCAAGUAAAGCCCGCCUGAGAAAAUCCCAAGCUGUGCUUGAAAUACCAAAUGUGCAGCUGGAAGACGCAGGGGUGUACGAAUGUAAGGCUGAAAACUCUCGGGGGAGAAAUGUCUUCAGAGGACAACUGCAAGUGUACACUUACCCACAUUGGGUUGAGAAACUCAAUGAUACUCAGUUAGACAGUGGAGAUCAGCUCAGAUGGGAAUGCAAAGCCACUGGAAAGCCAAGGCCCACAUAUCGUUGGCUGAAAAACGGAGUUCCUCUCUGGCCACAGAGCAGAAUUGAGAUGGUUAAUGGUGUCUUGAUGAUCCACAGUGUGAAUCUCUCAGAUGCUGGAAUGUAUCAAUGCUUAGCAGAAAAUAAGUAUGGCACCACUUAUGCCAGUGCUGAGCUGAAGAUUUUAGCUUCAGCUCCCACUUUCCCCCUAAAUCAAAUGAGGAAAACAAUAAUUAUUACCAAGGGCCAAGAAGUCACCAUUGAUUGCAAGCCACAAGCCUCUCCAAAGCCAACUAUCACUUGGAAGAAAGGAGAUAAAGCCUUAAAGGAAAAUAAGAGGGUAACUAUUCUUCCACAUGGGAGCCUGCAAAUCCUCAAUGCUUCCAAGUCUGAUGAAGGGCGGUACUCGUGCCAAGGUGUAAAUGUAUUUGGAUCUGCAGAAAUCAUUGCAUCAGUAUCUGUUAAAGAACCUACAAGAAUAGAGCUGACUCCCAAGAAGAUAGAGUUAACAGUUGGAGAAAGCAUCGUCCUCAGUUGCAAAGCCAUUCAUGACAGCACAUUAGAUAUCACUUUUUACUGGACACUCAAUGGGCAGCCAAUUGACUUUGAAAAAGAAGGGGGACACUUUGAAAGCAUCAAGGCACAAGCCUCCUCUGCAGAUUUAAUGAUCAGAAACAUCCUCCUGAUGCACGCCGGGAGGUACGGCUGCAGGGUUCAGACCGCAGCAGACAGCGCAUCAGAUGAGACAGAGCUGCUUGUUAGGGGUCCUCCUGGUCCCCCAGGGGUUGUAAUAGUGGAGGAAAUUACAGACACCACAGCAACACUCUCCUGGAGUCCUGGGGCAGAUAAUCACAGCCCUAUCUCCCUCUACAACCUGCAAGCCCGCAGUCCAUUUUCUCUUGGCUGGCAGACCGUAAAAACAGUUCCAGACAUGAUAAGUGGUGACAUGGAAUCUGCUAUGGCUGUUGAACUGAACCCUUGGGUGGAAUAUGAGUUCAGGGUCGUAGCAACCAACAAAAUUGGGACUGGAGACCCAAGUAUCCCAUCCCGAGUGAUCAGAACCAAUGAAGCAGUUCCAAAGACACCUCCAGCUAACGUGGGUGGCAGAAGUGGAAGGCGACAUGAAUUAGUAAUAGCAUGGGAGCCAGUGUCAGAAGAGUUUCAGAAUGGUGAAGGAUUUGGAUAUAUUGUAGCCUUCAGACCAAAUGGAACACGUGGCUGGAAGGAAAAAAUGGUGACAUCUUCAGAUGCCUCAAAGUUCAUCUACAGAGAUGAAAGUGUGCCACCUCUGACUCCUUUUGAGGUUAAAGUUGGUGUUUACAACAACAAAGGAGAUGGUCCCUUCAGCCCUAUUGUGGUCAUCUGCUCAGCUGAAGGAGAACCCACUGCUGCUCCCAUCGAUGUCAAAGCUACGAGUUUGUCUGUAUCAGAGAUUCUUGUUGCGUGGAAACAUAUUAAAGAGAGUCUAGGAAGACCACAGGGAUUUGAGGUUGGUUACUGGAAGGACAUGGAGCAGGAGGAAACAGCAGAAAAGGUCAAAACUGAAGGAAAUGAGUCAUCCAUCCUCCUGACAGGACUAGAAGGCAACACAUUAUAUCACCUAACAGUGCGGGCGUACAACGCUGCAGGGUAUGGACCACCCAGCACUGCUGUGCGUGCAGCAACCAAGAAGUCCCCUCCUAGCCAAGCACCAAGCAAUAUUAUGUGGAUACAGGAUGGCUCUCAUGUGUCUCUUGGGUGGGAGCCAGUCAGACCACUAGCUAAUGAAUCUGAUGUAAUGGGAUACAAGGUAUUAUUUAGGCAAGAAGGUCAGAGCAACAGUCAAGUUAUAGAAACACAGAAAACCUCUGCCGUGGUACUUCUUCCUGAUGUUGGUGUCUACAUCAUUGAGGUCUGUGCAGUCAGUGAAGGAGGCGAUGGGACUGCAAGUCCUCAGAUCAGAGUUCCAUCUUUUUCAGGAGGGAAAGUAACAAGUGCUCAAUCCACCUUACAUGUGUUGGCCACCUCCUCGUCCUCUGUAACAUUGCUUUUGACAUUGAUAGUUCCUUCGAUCUCAUGGUGAAGACUGCAGACUUUGUUGUUGUUGUUAUUUGUUUGCUUUAACUUGAUGACACCAAGGGAAGAAGUUUUACAUCCGUGGAGAAACUGCAAACCCAAGCUAAUGCUUAAAGAUCCAUAGAAAUGUCUGUGGUUCACUUAGUGGAGACACAGUUAAUAAUUCAUCAGGUUUUUUUCUCUCCAUUUUUUUUAAAAGUCCUCUGGGGAGGGGACAGUUCUUGGCCCAAAAAUAUGCAGAUUGUAUGUAAUAAACUUUUGUAAGGAAAUGUAAUUUAUGUCAAAACGUAGCUUACUUUUUUAAGAUGUUCAAUUUUGGUGACCCCAGUCAUGUAUCAUUAGAUGUUUAAACAGUGGUGUCUAGUAAAGUACAUCUGUUUGGUUUGGAAAAAAAAUCUAUUUUAAGUAUAGAACAAAGUUUGGUAGAGCUUUGUUGCACACUUUUCUUGCAUCCCCUAUGCCUGGCUGUUCCAGCUGAAGAGAAAAAUAUAGCUUAGACACACAGCCCACUGCAAAAUACAGAGAAUUUGUUCCGAAACUAUGAAUAUUUAUUAAAUUAGCAAAAAGAAUUGUCAGUAUAAUACUAGACAGCAGACUCAGAAAGUGGUAAAAUGGAGUAGAAAACAAGCCAUUUAUUCUAUUGCACAAUAAAUGUAAAAUGAUGGAAGACAAAUUUAAAAGGGAAUAAGUAUGGUUUUCUUCAAAUGCCAUAUGGCAGAACAUCAAAUGAAUCACAUAUUUAUUUUCAAUA